CCUACUGGGUGGGAGGUUAAGCUCCGACCUCUCAGCAGCGCCGGGCAGGGAAGGAAAGAGGCAGACGGAGGCGUCAUGGCUGCGCUCAGGGUCUCUCGGGUGAUACGAACCAUUGCUACAUGUGGCUGGAGAGCACAGUCCAGUCAAGCUACCGCAACAUCACCAAAAAGCAAACAUGCAGCUGGAUUUUGUUUUGAACUUACUGAUGAACAGAAAGAAUUUCAAGCUACAGCUCGUAAAUUUGCUAGAGAGGAAAUCUUGCCUGUUGCUGCUCAGUAUGACAGAAGUGGAGAGUAUCCUGUUCCUCUCAUAAAAAGGGCAUGGGAGCUUGGCUUAAUGAAUACACACAUACCAGAGAGCUAUGGUGGCCUUGGCCUUGGCUGUUUUGAUUCCUGCUUUAUUACUGAAGAAUUAGCUUAUGGAUGUACAGGGGUUCAAACUGCCAUUGAAGCAAAUACCCUGGGUCAAGUGCCAGUCAUCAUUGCAGGAAAUGAGCAUCAGAAGAAGAAAUAUCUGGGAAGGUUGACUGAGGAACCCUUAAUGUGUGCCUACUGUGUAACAGAACCAGGAGCAGGUUCUGAUGUAGCAGGUCUAAAAACAAGAGCUGAAAAGAAAGGAGAUGAAUAUAUAAUUAAUGGACAAAAAAUGUGGAUCACCAAUGGUGGCAAAGCCAACUGGUAUUUUUUAUUGGCUCGUUCCGAUCCUGAUCCCAAAGCUCCUACAAGCAAAGCUUUUACUGGAUUUAUUGUGGAAGCUGACAGCCCUGGAGUACAACUAGGAAGAAAGGAACUUAAUAUGGGUCAGCGCUGUUCAGAUACAAGAGGGAUUGUUUUUGAGGAUGUAAGAGUGCCCAAAGAGAACGUUCUACUUGGUGAAGGAGCUGGCUUUAAAAUAGCUAUGGGAGCAUUUGAUAAAACAAGGCCUCCAGUAGCGGCUGGUGCUGUAGGACUAGCACAGAGAGCUUUAGAUGAAGCUACAAGGUAUGCUUUGGAAAGAAAAACGUUUGGAAAGAUACUCGCAGAGCACCAAGCAGUGUCCUUCAUGCUAGCUGAAAUGGCAAUGAAAGUGGAGAUUGCUCGCCUCGCUUAUCAAAGGGCAGCAUGGGAGGUAGAUGCUGGUCGCAGAAAUACCUACUAUGCAUCUAUAGCAAAGGCAUAUGCUGGAGACAUUGCAAAUCAAGUAGCUUCUGAUGCUGUCCAGAUUUUCGGAGGAAAUGGAUUCAAUAGUGAAUACCCAGUAGAAAAACUAAUGAGAGAUGCCAAAAUAUUCCAGAUAUAUGAAGGAACGGCUCAGAUUCAGAGGCUGAUUGUAGCUCGUGAAUAUAUUGGCAAAUUUAAGGGUUGAGAGAACUUUGAAACCAAAAAGAGAAAAGGGCUUUAAUUCCUGGCAUGCGCUAACCUGACUGUAAACAUUUGUGUUCAUUCUGAUAUGUUAUUUUUUGAGAUUGGAAGACAAAAAUGCCCCCCAAAGUAGUAGCAUUCCACAGCUGUUUCAGUUCUUCUUUGUAUGAAGAGGCUGGUCACUUAGCUUCAAAACUGUUAGCUGGAGAUUUGCUGAUACAUGGAAUCAUUACACACCUGUCAGUACUGAAUGCCUUACACUUUUACACUUUCACCUAACUUUAUUGUCCUUCAAAGUAAUCUUCUCUGCAACACUAAGUGCCUAAAUAUUGACAAUUGAAUUAUGUUGCUGUCGUCUAUUAAAUCGAGACUUUGAUAUCA